CUCUCUCUCUCUCUCUCUCUUAUUGGACACACUCACUCUUUCUUAUUCUUCUCCACUGCUCUUUCUCUCUCGUCUCCUCUGGCCUCCUUCGCCGCCGCUGCCGCCGCCGGGAAGCGGAUGGGAUUCUAGGGUUCGGGCCGCGAUGGGCUGCCUCCACUCCAAGACCUCCAACGUCCACUCCCCCGACGACGACUCCGUCCCUGGCGACAAGCCAGAUCUACCGAAUGGAGACGGGGGCUUGCAGGAUGAGGUGCCGGCAUUCAAGGAGUACGGGCUUGCGGACCUCCGGGCGGCGACCAAGGGCUUCAGCCCCGAGAUGAUCGUCUCGGAGAGCGGUGAGAAGGCCCCCAACGUCGUUUACCGUGGAAAGCUCGAUGGCGGCCGCCCCGUCGCAGUCAAGCGCUUCUCCAAGCAGUCCUGGCCCGAUGCCCAGCAGUUCGUGGCGGAGGCGGCCGGGGUUGGGAAGGUGAGGCACAAGAGGCUGGUGAACCUGAUUGGAUGCUGUGCCGAGGGAGAUGAGCGGCUUCUCGUGGCGGAGUUCAUGCCAAAUGAUACACUCUCCAAGCAUCUUUUCCACUGGGAUAAGCAGCCACUACCAUGGGAAAUGCGAGUUAGAGUUGCAUACUACAUUGCACAAGCACUUGAUCAUUGUAAUACUGAAAAUCGGAAAAUCUAUCACGAUUUAAAUGCAUAUAGAGUUCUUUUUGAUGAGGAUGGUGACCCUCGCUUAUCUAGCUUUGGUCUCAUGAAGAAUAGCCGGGAUGGGAAAAGUUACAGCACUAACCUAGCAUACACUCCGCCGGAGUUCUUGCGAACUGGCAGGGUCAUUCCAGAGAGUGUAAUAUACAGUUAUGGAACAGUUUUGCUGGAUCUGUUGAGUGGGAAACAUAUCCCUCCAAGUCAUGCAUUAGAUCUAAUAAGAGGGAAGAACAUGUUAUUGAUAAUGGAUUCAUCGCUGGAGGGGCAGUAUGCUAAUGAAGACGCAACCCAGCUUGUUGAACUAGCUUCAAAAUGUCUACAGUUUGAGGCUAGGGAUCGACCUAAUUCCAAAUUUCUUCUUUCUGCUGCAGCACCCCUUCAAACACAGAAAGAGGUGGCAUCACAUGUUCUAAUGGGCCUGACUAAAACACCGGCGAUACUACCAACAAUGCUCUCUCCACUUGGAAAGGCUUGUGCAAGGAUGGACCUUACUGCUGUCCAUGAUAUAUUGCUUAAAACAGGUUAUAAAGAUGAAGAAGGUGCAGAAAACGAGCUUUCCUUUCAAGAAUGGACGCAACAAGUGCAAGAGAUGUUGAAUACAAAGAAAUUUGGUGAUAUUGCAUUCAGAGACAAGGAUUUUAAAAGUGCAAUCGAGUAUUAUUCGAAGUUGGUGGUGAUGAUGUCGGUUCCUUCAGCUACUGUUUUUGCUAGACGGGCUCUGUCAUACCUGAUGAAUGGCCAGCCAGAGCUUGCCCUUCGGGAUGCCAUGCAAGCACAGGUGUGCAUGCCUGAGUGGCCCACAGCUUUCUAUUUGCAAGCUCUUGCACUCUCCAAGCUCGGAAUGGAAACCGAUGCUCAGGAUAUGCUGAAUGAUGGAGCCACAUUUGAAGUGAAGAGGCAAAACAGCUGGCGCGGCUAGAUUUUCUCUGCAGCUGUUCUGGUUUUCCUUCAUACAUGCCUGUCUUGUGCUGCUUUCAGUGGUGCCUGUUUGCGUCGUGGGUGAUUUAUUGCAGCAGGAGAGAAACUGGAUGCUUGGUUUGCUGGGUAUUCAGUGCUGUGGCUUCCAAUAAUGGAUGUUCGAACAGCCAUUUGUAGAAUAUUCAGGAGAGUUAAAUUGAUACUGAACUUUCCUGAGCAAGUGUGCAUUAUGGCCUUCCAUCCAUGUUGGCGUGUAACUAUUGGCCCUUAUUAUAUUACCAAAGGAGGAUAUGUGCACUGAGGGAUGGAAAUCACAAAAUGUUUCACUUUGUUUUGUGCAAGAUUGGAGACUGUAAGCAUGUCUGUCAUGACCAUCUUGAUGCCAAAGGGAAGUAUCUACCCGAGCUUUUAAUCUUAAGGAUACAACUUUUUAUCAAUUUGGAUGCAAAUAUGUU